UUCCUCCUCCUGUCAGGGAGUCCCUGAAAGCUGAGUCGGGCAGGCCUGGAGGUCUGCCCGCGGUUGUCGCGGCCUCCCGCCUGUGGUUCGCGGCUGGAUACAGCCUCUGGCGCCGCCAGUCUCGGGCGUCCGUCCUGCCGAGGGGCCGGCGCGUGGCCGCGCGUGUCCUAUCUUUUUCCAUACCACCUGAUAAAGCAUCUUGAUUCACCAUGGCCAUAUCAGCAGUGAAAUGGGUGCUAUCAAACAGAACUUUUUUGAAACAUUUCUUUCCGAUCCAAAAUGGAGCUUUAUACUGUGUUUGUCAUAAAUCCACAUACUCUUCUCUUCCAGAUGACUAUAAUUGCAAAGUAGAACUUGCUUUGACAUCUGAUGGCAGGACGAUAGUUUGCUAUCAUCCUUCUGUGGAUAUUCCGUAUGAACACACCAAGCCUAUCCCUCGGCCAGAUCCUUUGCAUAAUUAUGAAGAAACACAGGAUCAAAUACUGAAAACCAGAUUAGAAGUAAAAGAUGAACACUUGGAGCAAGGACCCAUGAUAGAACAACUUAGCAAAAUGUUCUUUACUACUAAGCACCGUUGGUAUCCUUAUGGACAUGUUGCCAGUAUCUGUGCCCAAGUUCCUCUUGAGUCUUCAGUUGGCAUGAAAGAAAUCAAAAGUGAUGGAGCAUUCCUUACAGUAUAAGUAUUUCCAGAAUACAACAUUUAGCAGUGUUAACAGAGUUCCUGUAUUUGAGCAUGUUAUUUUUCUCAUUAAUUCAAACUUAACAACUUUGUUGAAACUCUUAUAUUUCUAAAGUUCAUAUAUUACCUUAGUUUUUCUUGCUGAUGCCCUGAUUCCUUUUCAUCUCCCCAAUCUCUAAAUUUUUGAGUACCGUAGGAUCAGUUCUUGGAUCUCUCCUCAUUUCUGUCUGAUUCUUUAAGACAGUGAUCUUAUCCAGACUCAUGGUUUUUAAGUACCAUCAGAAUGCUAAUAGAUUCCAAAUCUAUCUCUGGUCACUUCUCCUCUGAUCUACAGACCUGUUUAUCAGUCUCCUAAUAGGUAUCCCUAACUUACUGUGCCUAUAACUGUACUUCUGCUGGUCCCCCACAAACCAGCUUCUUCUUUAGCCUUCCCUAUCUAUGUUAAUGCCAUAUCCAUGCUUUUAAUUGCUUGGCCAGAAACCUUGAUGCCACUCUUGGCUGUUCUCCGUCUCACACUCUACAUCUUGUUUAUCAGCAAAUCCUGUUAGCUUUGUCUCCAAAAUGUAUCCCAUUUGACUACUUAUCACCUCUUACUCUGCCACCAUCUCUUGCCUGGCUUAUUAUGUAUAGUGCUGUUGCUGUUUCUGCUUUCACUUCCCUGUAGUGUAUUCUUAGUACAUAGCCAGAGUAACCCUGUUAAAACUUCUGUUAGUUCUUAUAAUUUUUCUCUUGAAAACCCUGCAACUGCUUCCCAUCUCACUCAGAGAAAAGCUAUAGGCCUUAACUAGUACCUACCAGAACCUACAUAAUCUGACCCCAUUACCUUUCUACCUUCAUUUCCUACUGAUCCCUUCCUUGUUUACUCUGUUCCAGCCAUAUGGCCUCUUAACAUGGCCUUCUUUUCACCUCAAAGCCAUUGUACUUGCUGUUCACUCUGUGUAAAAAGCUCUUCCUGCUGAUAUCAGCAAAGCUAGCUCUCUCGCUUCCGUCAGGUUUUUACUCACUAUAGCCUUCCCUGGCCAACUUAUUUAUUUUGUUUUCUGCAUUGGAAUGUAGUCUUCAUGAGGGUGGGGGGUUUGUCUUGUUUUGUACACUACAGAAUCCUUAGCACCUAGAAAUAGUACCUGGCACAUAGUAGAUGCUUAUAUUUAAAAAUGAAUGAACAGAUGAACGAGUGAAUGAUUCUGAUUAUUUUCUUUAAAUUUAUUGGGGUAACAUUGGUUAAUAACAUAAAUUUUAUGUGUACAACUUUAUAAUACAUCUCUGUAUUCCAUGUGUGCUCAUAAAUACGAAAGUAGUAAGUAAACACAUUUCCACUAAAUGUAAAGUGGAAAGAAAGGAUUGGAAGGAGGCUGUAUGGAAGAUAAGACGGAUCUGGAAAGUAAAUCUAAAUUUCUGAAAUGUAGACCAAUCCUGUAAAUGUACAAAUAACAAUACUGUUUUAUUUAAAUAGCUAGUUUAGUAUUUUCCAUGGAGGAAACAAAUAUUAGCUGGUAUCAUUAGUAGGAAACAGAUUUGGGAAUUAGCUGCAGUGUGAACCAGGAGGUAAAGUUUUACUCUGGAUUAAAAAUUGUGGACACAUAUUCCAGAUAUCACUGAGUCAUUAUGUAAUUUAAGAAGGGUAAUGAUAUACCUAUUGAUUUCAGGAGCACUCUCAGCUUAACUCUUUUGUUAUUAUAGGGUGGGUUUUAUUCUCUAAAGGGUCUUACUCUGGAUGAUAAGUUAUAAAGAUACUCUAAAAUUAAUGUACUUAUUUCUGGUUAGUGAUUGUAGCACAGAAUGAAAAUCCAUGCAUGAUAAGACAUCUAUAAAUGCUAUUGGACUAUUUGACAUUGAGCAUAUUUUAGAACUUGACUUUGUUAGGUUUAGGGCUAUCAGGGUCUCAAGCAUUUUGAAGUCACUCUUGAAUAGUGAAAAUAGUUGAGCAAUGUAAAAGCUGGAUCACAUUUAGUAUUUUUUUAAAAAUACAUAUUUUAUUGAUUUUUUUACAGAGAAGAAGGGAGAGGGAGAGGGAUAGAGAGUUAGAAACAUCGAUGAGAGAGAAACAUCGUUUCAGCUGCCUCCUGUACACCUUCUACUGGGGAUGUGCCCACAACCAAGGUACAUGCCCUUGACUGGAAUCGAACCUGGGACCCUUCAGUCUGCAGGCUGACGCUCUAUCCACUGAGCCAAACCGAUUAGGGCACAUUUAGCAUUUUUAGGACCACAGACUUCACUGAGAAUUUGAUGAAACGUGAAUCCAUUUCCCAGAAAAAUGCAUAUUCUAAAUUUUAUAAAUAAUUUCAAAAAGUUUAUGAUUUCCCAAACCCCUGCUGCAUUGAGUGAAUACCUUUGGGGAUUCUAUUGCAUUAGUACUGUGCCAAUAUAAGUACGUGUAGAAAUGGUUACAUGAUUUGCUAUACGUAUUUUUUUAAUAUAAUUUUUUUCUAUUAUAGUUGACAUUCAAUAUUAUAUUAGCUUCAGGUGUAUAGCAUAGUGGUUUAUAUAACUUACAAAAUGAUCCCUCCUAAUAAGUGUUGUAGUACCUACCUGGCACUAUGCAUAAUUAUUAUAGUAUUAUUGAUUGUAUUCCCUAUGCUAUACUUCACAUACCUGUUACUAUUUUGUAACUCUCAGUUUAUACUUCUUAAUCCCUUCACCUUUUUCACCCAGCUCCCCAACUUUCCUCUCAUUCGUUCUCUGUGAGUGUAUUUCUGUUUUGUUUUUUUUUUUUUUUAAAUCCCACAUAUGUAUAAGUGGAAUCGUACGAUAUUUGUUUUUCUCUGGCUGACUUGUUUCACUUAGCAUAAUACCCUCUAGGUUCAUCCAUGUUGUCACAGAUAAGGUGUAUGUAUUAUUCUGUAACUUAAUGUUCCAUGUUAGUAUAUAUAGAUGUACUUACUUCUUUUUAAAUUAAUUUAUAAAUUUCACAAGUUUUUAAUUUUUUAAAAUAGUUUAUUGAAUUUUAGAGAGAGAGAGUAAGGGGGAGAGAGAGAGAGAGAGAGAGAGAGAAAGAGAGAGAGAGAGAGAGAGAGAAACAUCAAUGUGAAAGUGCAACAUUGAUAGAUGGGCAGCCACCUGCACGCCCCCUACCGGGGAUCAAGCCCACAACCCAUGUAUGUGUCCUGUCCAGGAAUCAAAUUGGCAGCCUUUCAGUACACACUGGCCAAGGCUAUAUUUCACAAAUGGUUAAAAAAAGUCAACAUCAGAAAAAAUGUAUAGGAAAGUUGCUUAUAUGAAACCUUAAAAUAAGCAAAAAAUGCUUUUGAUAUCUUUUUUGUUGUUGUUAAUCCUCACCCAAGGAUAUUUUUUCCAUUGAUUUCUAGAGAGAGCGGAAUGGAGGGAGGAGAGGGAGAGAGAGAAAGAGGGA